AUGGGGCAGAAGAAGCCUAACAUCCUUUACAUCAUGGCCGACCAGAUGGCCGCGCCCUUGUUAUCUUUGCAUGAUAAGAACUCGCCCAUCAAAACACCAAACUUGGACCGUCUGUCGGCAGGUGGUGUGACAUUUGACUCGGCCUACUGUAAUUCACCGCUGUGCGCCCCGUCUCGCUACGUUAUGGUUAGCGGCCAGCUGCCCUCGAGGAUUGGUGCCUACGACAAUGCUGCCGAUCUGCCAGCGGAUACCCCGACUUACGCCCACUACUUGCGACGAGAGGGUUACCACACGGCCCUGGCUGGAAAGAUGCACUUUUGUGGCCCGGACCAGCUGCACGGUUAUGAGCAGCGUCUGACAAGCGAUAUCUACCCUGGUGAUUACGGCUGGUCUGUCAACUGGGAUGAGCCGGAAAUCCGCCAGGACUACUACCACAACAUGGCUUCCGUGAUGGACGCUGGCCCGGUCGUGCGCACAAACCAAUUGGACUUUGACGAGGAGGUGAUCUACAAGUCGCAGCAGUACUUGUAUGACCACGUGCGCCAGCGCACUGACCAGCCCUUCUGUCUGACGGUGUCAAUGACACACCCCCACGACCCAUAUGCCAUGACCAAGGAGUUCUGGGACUUGUACGAGGAUGUCGAAAUUCCCCUUCCUAAGAACGGGGCCAUCCCCGACGAGCAGCAGGAUGCCCACUCCCAGCGUGUGCUGAAGUGUAUUGACCUUUGGGGCAAGAAGAUGCCGGACGACCGCAUUCGCGCCGCUCGCCGCUCCUACUAUGCUGCCUGCACAUACGUUGACACCCAGAUUGGCAAACUGCUGAAGGUUCUGGAGAACACUGGGCUGGAUGAGAACACUAUUAUCUGUUUCACUGGUGACCACGGUGACAUGCUUGGCGAGCGCGGUCUAUGGUACAAGAUGACUUGGUUCGAAAAUUCGGCCCGCGUACCAAUGCUGUUCUACGCCCCAAAGCUGUUCGAGCCCAAGCGCAUCCCGCAGAACGUGUCGACCAUGGACCUGCUCCCUACAUUCGCCGAUUUAGUCGGUGCACCUCUUAUCAAGGAAUUGCCCCUUGACGGUGUUUCCCUGAUGCCAUACUUGACUGGCGGCGAGGGCCCUCGUACCGACACCGUGUAUGGCGAGUACAUGGGUGAAGGCACCCAGGCUCCUCUGAUCAUGAUCCGUCGUGGCCGCUGGAAGUUCAUCUAUUCCACCAUCGACGCGCCCAUGCUUUUCGAUGUGGCCGCCGAUCCGGAGGAGAAGAUCAACCUGGCUGCUGGUCUACCCAUCCCCUCGAUCACCCGCGCCCUCCCAGUUAAAUCCAACAACCCCCUAGCCGUGCCAGCACCCCUGCCAACUCCAGGCGAGACUCCUCGCGUGUCCCCCAUCCCUCAGCGAGCUGGAAACGCCAACGCCUACCCCUUCCCCACCCCGACACCCCCACGCACCCCCAGCCCAGCCAAGUUCCAGGCUCUACCAGAAACCUCCGACCCCGCUACCCUACUGGCCUACUUCCACGAAGAAAUCCACACACGCUGGGACCUGGAGAAGGUCCGCCAGGAUGUCCUGACUUCGCAGCGCCGUCGCCGUCUGGUCUACUCCGCUUUGGUCCAGGGCAAGAUUCAGAGUUGGGACUGGGAACAUCGUGUCGACCCUAAAACUCAAUAUGUGCGUAACCAGGGUAAGGGUAUCCUGGAUGACGUCGAGCUUAUCUCGCGCUGGCCACGCGUUCUGCAACAGGCAGCCAACGAGAAUGGUCUUACCGUUUGA